AUGGUAGCUGGGAAGGUGGUUCUCUGCUUCACCGCAGUUACUAAGAUCCCAGGAACGAUUGUAUUAAGUGCUGCAGAAGUUGUGAAGGAAGCAGGUGGAGUGGGCUUGAUUGUUGCCAAGAAUCCCAGUAAUGACAUGUAUCCCUGCACUGAUGGAUUCCCAUGUAUUGAGGUCGACUAUGAUAUUGGAACACGGAUACUCUUCUACAUUCGUUCAACCAGAUUCCCUGAAGUGAAGCUGAGCCCUUCUAAAACAGUUGUGGGCAAGCCAGUGCUGGCAAAGGUGGCUCAUUUUUCAUCUAGAGGGCCUAAUUCAAAAUCUCCUGCAAUUCUGAAGCCUGACAUAGCUGCACCUGGGGUGAAUAUUUUAGCUGCUGCAUCACCUCUCGAUACAGUCCAGGAUGGGGGAUAUGUCAUGCAUUCAGGAUCAUCGAUGGCAACUCCUCAUGUCGCAGGAAUAGUGGCUCUUCUCAAGGCAAUGCAUCCUGAAUUGUCACCGGCAGCUAUUAAAUCUGCACUUGUCACAACAGCAUGGAGGAAUCAUCCAUCAGGUUUCCCAAUAUUUGCGGAGGGAUCUCCUCAAAAGCUGGCCAAUCCGUUUGAUUUCGGAGGAGGUAUUGCGAAUCCGAAUGGUGCCGCAGACCCGGGUCUAGUAUACGACAUGGGUACAGCGGACUACAUCAGUUACCUCUGCUACAUGGACUACAACAACACUGCUAUCUCUAUUCUCACAGGACACCCCACAGUUUGCCCCUAUGAAGAACCAUCCAUUUUGGACAUUAACCUGCCAUCCAUAACCAUACCAAACCUUAGAAAUUCUGUUACCCUCACCAGAACUGUUACCAAUGUGGGAUCCUCUAAUUCCAUUUAUAGAGCUGUGAUUGAGCCUCCAUUUGGCACCAGUGUGUCUGUAAACCCUGAUGUCUUAGUCUUCAACCAUAAAACUAAAAAGAUCACAUUCACCGUGACGGUCACCACAGCCCACCAGGUGAACACAGGAUACUUCUUUGGGAGCCUAACAUGGACUGAUAGGGUGCAUACAUUUCAAGUUGCUGACGUUGAUAAAGUUGCAUCUGGGGUUGAAUUAUCAGAUGGCUUCAUCCCUCUCAUUGACAUGGAUGAACUUCAAGGCUGCCAGGUGAAGAAUCAUAAAAUUCCAGAGACGAAUAUGAACCAGAUAAUGGGGACAACUAGGGAAUUUUUCAAACUUCCAGAGCAAGAAAAGUUGAAAUUCCACACCACUGACAGCAACAAAAGCAUCAUGCUAUUUAUAGCUUUUAAAGAUGAGAUCGAAAAUGUCUUCAUCUCGAGGGAAUCCUUAAGAUUUAGCACUUUCCCUUUUGAAGAUCAUGUGAAUGAAUGGCCUUCAAAUCCCCCUUCAUUGAGGAAGGAUGUUAUAGAGUAUUGUACAAGUGUUAAAAAGGUGGAAUUUGCAGUCCUUGAAGCAAUAUCAGAGAGCUUAGGCCUGGAAAAAGAUUACAUAGACAAGAUGUUAUGCAACCAUGGACAAAAACUAUCUAUCAACUACUAUCCAAUUUGUCAAGAACAAGAUCUUGAGUUUACUCGAGGAAUUCGACCUCAUACAGACCCGGCUAUAGUCACUCUUCUCUUGCAAGACGAUGUGCCUGGCUUUAAAGUUCUCAACAAUGGCAAAUGGGUGGAGGUUGGCCAUGUCCCCAACACCUUGGUUGUUCAUGUUGGAGACCUACUACAGGUAAUUAGUAAUUGCCGAUACAAGAGUUUGCAUCAUCAAGUGUUUGUGAAUUGUGAGAAAGAGCGUUUUUCUGUUGCCAGCUUCUGCUACCCAUCAUCUGAUACAGCGAUAGGGCCUGCCAUGGAAUUGAUAGACGAUGAUCAUCCAGCAAUGUACAGAAAUUUUAUGUAUAGAGAAUUCUAUCAAGAAAUGUGGCGAUCUGCAGUUCAGCAUGCAACUGAUAAGCGUUUGGACCUCUUCAAAACUUCUAUUGCCUGA